AUGCUUCUCAAACCUCUCGCGUUCAUGAUAGCCAUUGGUGGCUCGGCAUUAAGCAGUCCUAUCUGUUCAUCUGGAAAUUCCCCAGCACGAGUACUUACUCAAAUUCCCACGGAAACCUGGUUGGAAAGCAUUGUUGUACGCCGUAAUGGCGAUAUUCUUGCAACGAGCGCCUUCUUCUCCUCGAAUAUUUUCACAGUAAAGCAACCAUCCCUGUACACAGAUAGCACGGCCAGAGUUCUCGCCUCCGUUCUGGAGGUGAAGAGCCUCCUCGGAAUCACCGAAUUGCCUGGAUCAUACGGCGAAGAGGCUUUCUUCUUUCUUGGUGGCAAUUUCACCAGCCUGACGGAUUUCACUACAACAGUCGGUUCGUUCAAAGGCUUUAAACUCACCUUUGAUCGGGAUGGCAAGGCGAUUAUCCAAAAAGUCAGUGAUCUGGCACCAACUUCGUCAUUUCCCAAUGGUGUCACUGCUAUUCCACAGGCCCCUGGGUCUGUGCUUAUUGCCGAUUCGUUCGUUGGGGCCAUCGGCCGUUUGGAUGUGUCAACUGGCCACUACGACCCUAGAGCUUUUGCAUUUCAAGAAAUGGCUGUACCCGAGGGGGCACAGCUACCGAUUGGUGUGAGCGCUAUGAGGAUGAAAGGGUCUUAUCUUUACUUCGGAAACCCUUCGACUCAGUCAAUCUACAAGGUCAAGGUUGAUUCCAAAGGAUAUCUUGUCAACGGAGCUCAGCCCUCCUUGGUUGCAAACAUUUCAUCUGUGGCACCUGGUCUUGACGAUUUUAUAUUCGACUCGCACGACAAUAUUCUUCUUGCCACGAAUAGCCCCGAGAACGCAAUUGUUCACGUUGACGUUAAGACUGGAGCAAGCAAGCGUAUAAUUGGAGGUCCGACCGAUCCUUUGAUGCCUGAUUCAACAUGUCUAGCCUUUGGACGAGGAACUUUUGACACCAAUACAUUCUAUGUCUCCACGGGAAAGAAUAUCUCGGAUCCAAAUGCUUCGGCUAGGAUCGUCGCAGUUAAUGCUAGCCUGUUACAUUAUUAG